GGCACCAGCUGAAUGGGCGGUGGCGGAGCAUGUGUGUGCCGCUGAGGCUGCCGCGCGCCCGGGACGCGGAGAGUGCAUGCCUCUCCCGGGCCAGACGGUGAGGCCGGAGAGGACGUGGCGGCGGCGGCGGAGGGGAAGAGCAGCGGGAGACAGGCUGGGCAUCCCUCUCGGGGGCUGGAGGGCCCCGGCUUGGCGGGGGUUAUGGCAUCGCUUGCGGACCGAAUGCGAGGCAACGGGCGCAUCGCCGCUGGGCUCCUGCUCAACCUACUGGUGUCCAUCUGCAUCGUGUUCCUCAACAAAUGGAUCUAUGUGCACCACGGCUUCCCUAACAUGAGCCUGACCCUGGUGCACUUCGUGGUCACCUGGCUGGGCUUGUACAUCUGCCAGAAGCUGGAGAUCUUUGCCCCCAAAAGUCUACCGCCUUCCAAACUCCUCCUCCUGGCCCUCAGCUUCUGCGGCUUCGUGGUCUUCACCAAUCUCUCUUUGCAGAACAACACCAUAGGCACCUAUCAGCUGGCCAAGGCCAUGACCACGCCGGUCAUCAUAGUCAUCCAGACCCUCUGCUACAAGAAAACCUUCUCUACCAAAAUACAGCUCACGCUGAUUCCUAUAACUUUAGGUGUAAUCCUAAAUUCUUAUUACGAUGUGAAGUUUAAUUUCCUUGGAAUGGUGUUUGCCGCUCUUGGUGUUUUAGUUACAUCCCUUUAUCAAGUGAGAGGAAUGAGAGCAAGCUCAGCCUUGUGCUUUAAGAAGAUUGUACUUAGAUGUACUUCAUGGGUAGGAGCCAAACAGCAUGAAUUGCAAGUGAACUCGAUGCAGUUGUUGUACUACCAGGCCCCAGUGUCCUCCGCCAUGUUGCUGGUCGCCGUGCCCUUCUUUGAGCCAGUGUUUGGAGAAGGAGGAAUAUUUGGCCCCUGGUCAGUGUCCGCAUUGCUUAUGGUGCUGCUCUCUGGAGUAAUAGCUUUCAUGGUGAACUUAUCGAUUUAUUGGAUCAUUGGGAACACAUCACCAGUCACCUAUAACAUGUUUGGACACUUCAAGUUCUGCAUUACUUUAUUUGGAGGAUAUGUUUUAUUUAAGGAUCCAUUGUCAAUUAACCAGGGUCUUGGCAUGUUAUGCACAUUAUUUGGCAUUCUCGCCUAUACCCAUUUGAAACUCAGUGAACAGGAAGGAAGUAAGAGUAAACUGGUACAGCGUCCAUAAUUGGGUUUUGGUGGAGAAAAGAAAGCCACCCCAAGAAGAUAAAAAAGUGUUAAUUCAGUGUGCAAGUUACUUUCAAAGAGGAAGAAAAAAUUAUAUUGCAAAAUUCAUUGAAUGAUGGUUUGCAAGAAGUAGGACAAAGGACAUUUUAUUCAUAAAUAGGACUUUCUCUUUUAGAGUACCUCUAAGACCACAGCUCCCUGCUUCUUUUCAAAGAUUGAUUAUAUGAAGUCUCUAGGAUGGUUUGAUUAUGCCAAAUAAAAUACGUGAAAUUGAAGUUCUAUAAUAGUGACAGAGGGAUCCAGAUCACUGUACUACCAAUGUGUUGUGGUUUGUAGGUGUCCAUACCCUUCUAAGGAAGGACAGGGAGGACUCCUCUGCUUGCUCAUAGGUGGCCCCCAGUGUGAGCUCUUUUAUAAUUUCAGCCAAAGCGUUCAAGUCAGAAUUUAAAUCUAGCAUUUCUCUUUUAGUUGGUUUAGUACAACUUCCUGCUUAUUUCGCUUACAGAAAUGAAAUAUCAGUCAUAGAAAGCAAAGUGUAGAAGAGAAGACCCUAAGAGAAAAUCCAAAUCUAAAAGUACCAUAUUUCCAGUAGAAAAUUGAUAUAAGAAGUUACACAUUAUCCAGAAAACUACGGUUGCUAUAGGUGUUCGCUUGUUUCUGAGCUCUCAGUGAACUCUAGAAACUGUAUGUGACAUUGAAAAAUAGAAUAGCUGCAUGUUUAAAUGGCCCAAAGAGGAGACGAUGCAUGGAACUGAGCAGGUGUCUUAUCCUGUUCUGUUGGCCUCGUUGAGCAUUUCAUGUUGGUCAUUUCUUACUACCACCUCCCUGCUAUCACCCCCUGCCUCCCACAUUGGAGGCAGGCCUGGAGCUUUCUUUGGCACUAAAGGCUUUGUAGUGAACUCUCUUUCUACGGUGGCUGAGGAAGAUUUUCAUGCAGCAAGUCAGGGCAAAUACUAUCCAAACAUUAAGGAGAAACUUGGUGAAAAUAUGAGGAAAGAUUUUAAAGAGAAGUAGAAAAUAGUCAAUAUUUAAUCAGUUCCAUUAGUUUUUAAAGGGAUCAUUUUUAAAAAUUAGGUUACAAGGGAAAUACAGGGUUUCCACUUAAGGAAAUGUAGUGUCACACAUUUCCUUGCAAAAUGUGUUUCUGCCUUCCAGCUUCUUGAUAGUUGAGCAUUAAAAGCUGUUGUUAACUUCUCACGAUAAAUUGACUGAGACAGUCCCUCUUGUAAUAAAUCUUUUAAAAAUAUUACAUAUAAACUUUAAAUGAAAAAACAACUCUUAAGACAAAGAGCCACAUAUAAAAAAUAGACCUUUUAGGGUUUUUUUUGUUUUUUUUUUCCUGGCCUGUUUGAAAGGAAAAGCCUCACUGAAAAUCUGUUUUGACAGAAUUUCAAACUAUCGGUCAGUUAUCAGGUGACCAGUAUGUGUGAUUUUCUGUUUUUGUUUUAAAUAUUCUUUGGUUCUCAGUUUCUAAAGAUAUAUUUUAUUGUGCUAAGAAUUAUGAAGCAAUCUGUCUUACCAGAUGAGUCUCAGGCAUUAUGUUUGUCUAAGAAAUGUUCUCUGUGUGUGUUUAAUAUAUAAUUAUUUCCCCAAAGCUGGAGAAAAGUAUUUCUAUGCAGUGAGGAUUAUAUGACUUCUGCACACAGACAGCUGAGUUGAUUUGUGCUAUGUGGAAAUUCUUUUAACUAUAAAUACUUGGGGGGUAUAAUCAAUGUUGGGGCGGGUUAUAAUAAAUGACUGCUGUCAAUAGGAAUGCAAUAAAAAGACUGGAGCAAGAUAGGGUAAGGGUAUGUGUAUAUAGAAGUGAAUAAAAUAUGUACUGGAACUGGAGUCUGAUCAACGUUUUUUGUCCUGAAGAUGAUCUUCGCACCGAAAAGGAAAUUCCUUGGGGAAAUGACCAGGCCCAGUCACAGAAACAAACCAGAAACAGUGCCGUGGAUGAACACCCACUGUCCUUUUGUUACAGAUGUAACUGUACUGGUUUUUAAUUCUAUGUUAAAUGGCCGAACUUCAGUUUUUAUCUGUUACAAAUAAAG